AUGUCGUUCAACAACACCGAGCUAAACAACAGCAGCAACACCGCUGGCACCCAGCCUCUUUCCGUAGGCGAUGACCGCCUGGCUUCGGACAACAACUUCACCGACCAGUCCUCGGCUCACCCAAACCCUUCGAACCCAGACCACCAGCAGAACGAAGGGGGCGAGACAAUCGAUCAGGGCGGCUACGGGCUUUCUGCUUCCGGUGGUGAUCAGUUCGCUAAAAAGAACCAGACAGGUCAGGGCUUCUCGUCCACUCAGGGCACAUCAGGACAGUUCCAGCCCAGCAUUCAGGACUCGAUCGGCAACACCAAUUACCGUGCCGAUGCACCUUCGGAUACCGACAACGUCACUCAUCGCAACCCUGAUAUGUAA